AUGUCCUGCCGCUCCUACAGGAUCAGCUCAGGAUGCGGGGUCACCAGGACCUUCAGCUCCUGCUCGGCCGUGGCCCCCAAAACUGGUAACCGCUGCUGCAUCAGCGCCGCGCCCUACCGAGGGGUGUCCUGCUACCGGGGGCUGACCGGCUUCGGGAGCCGCAGCCUCUCCAACCUGGGCUCCUGCGGGCCCCGCAUGGCCAUGGGCGGCUUCCGCGCCGGCUCCUGCGGCCGCAGCUUCGGCUACCGCUCCGGCGGCGUGUGCGGGCCCAGCCCGCCCUGCAUCACCACCGUGUCGGUCAACGAGAGCCUCCUCACGCCCCUCAACCUGGAGAUCGACCCCAACGCGCAGUGCGUGAAGCACGAGGAGAAGGAGCAGAUCAAGUGUCUCAACAACAGAUUCGCUGCCUUCAUCGACAAGGUGCGCUUCCUAGAGCAGCAGAACAAGCUUCUGGAGACCAAGUGGCAGUUCUACCAAAACCAGCGCUGCUGCGAGAGCAACAUGGAGCCGCUGUUUAAUGGCUACAUCGAGACGCUGAGGCGGGAGGCCGAGUGCGUGGAGGCCGACAGCGGGAGGCUGGCCUCUGAGCUCAACCACGUGCAGGAGGUGCUGGAGGGCUACAAGAAGAAGUAUGAAGAGGAGGUGGCUCUGAGAGCCACGGCAGAGAACGAGUUCGUGGUUCUAAAGAAGGACGUGGACUGCGCCUACCUGCGGAAAUCAGACCUGGAAGCCAAUGUGGAGGCGUUGGUGGAGGAGUCUAGCUUCCUGAAGCGCCUCUACGAUGAGGAGCUCCAGGUUCUCCACGCCCACAUCUCCGACACCUCGGUCAUCGUCAAGAUGGACAACAGCCGGGACCUCAACAUGGACUGCGUUGUGGCCGAGAUCAAGGCUCAGUACGACGACAUCGCCAGCCGCAGCCGGGCUGAGGCCGAGUCCUGGUACCGCAGCAAGUGUGAAGAGAUGAAGGCCACGGUGAUCCGGCACGGGGAGACCCUGCGCCGCACCAAGGAGGAGAUGAAUGAGCUGAACCGCAUGAUCCAGAGGCUGACUGCCGAGAUCGAGAAUGCCAAGUGCCAGCGGACCAAGCUGGAGGCUGCCGUAGCCGAGGCAGAGCAGCAGGGCGAGGCGGCCCUGAGCGACGCCCGCUGCAAGCUGGCCGAGCUGGAGGCCGCCCUGCAGAAGGCCAAGCAGGACAUGGCCUGCCUGCUCAAGGAGUACCAGGAGGUGAUGAACUCCAAGCUGGGCCUGGACAUCGAGAUCGCCACCUACAGGCGGCUGCUGGAAGGCGAGGAGCACAGGCUGUGUGAAGGUGUGGGCUCCGUGAAUGUCUGCGUCAGCAGCUCCCGCGGCGGAGUCUCCUGUGGGGGCCUCACGUGCACCACCACCCCGGGGCGCCAGAUUGCCUCUGGCCCCGUGGCCACGGGAGGCAGUAUCACGGUGAUGGCGCCCGACUCCUGUGCCCCCUGCCAGCCCCGCUCGGCCAACUUCAGCUGCGGGAGCAGCCGGUCUGUCCGCUUUGCUUAG